UAGUCCUGAGCACGCCCAGCUCCGCUACCACCAUGUCUCUGACCAAGGCCGAGAGGACCGUCAUCCUGUCCAUGUGGGACAAGAUCUCCACCCAGGCCGAUGCCAUUGGCACCCAGGCCCUGGAGAGGCUCUUCGCCAGCUACCCCCAGACCAAGACCUACUUCCCGCACUUCGACCUGCACCCGGGCUCCGCGCACCUGCGCAUGCACGGCGCCAAGGUGGUGGCCGCCCUGGGCGAGGCGGUCAAGAGCAUCGACAACAUCGGGGGCGCCCUGGCCAAGCUGAGCGAGCUGCACGCCUACAUUCUGCGUGUGGACCCGGUCAACUUCAAGCUCCUGUCGCACUGUCUGCUGGUCACCGUGGCCUCGCACUUCCCCGCCGACUUCACCGCCGACGCCCACACCGCCUGGGACAAGUUCCUGUCCAUCGUGUCGGCCGUCCUGACCGAGAAGUACCGCUGAGCGCAGCCGCCCGACCGAGGGCAGGCUGCCGCCCCU